GCUGAACACCAAGUAACUCUAUCAAUAUACACCAAAUAACUCAAAAUGCCCUCUGCAAUCGUCACCGGAGCCACCGGCAUCACCGGCAGCGCCAUAGUCCACCAUCUCUGCAAGGACCCCUCCUACACCACAAUCUACUCCCUCUCACGCAGCAACCCAGGCUACUCCAGCCCAAAAGUGCAGCAUGCAACACUCGACCUCCAAAAUUCCGCAAAGGAGAUGGCCGCAGGCCUCACAGACCUCGGCGACGGCCCGGAACACGUCUUCUUCUGCGCAUAUCUCGCACACGACGACCCAGCCGAACUAACUCGCAUCAAUGCCCGCAUGCUGGCCAACUUCCUCGAGGCCCUUGAAAUCACGGGUGCAAAUAAGAACCUUAGGCGGUUUGUCCUCACCUGCGGGUUUAAGCACUACGGCGUGCAUCUGGGGCAGUGUAAGCAGCCGCUACGUGAGGAUGACCCCCUCCUGACCGAGAAGAACGGGUGGCCGCCUAUUUUCUACUACGAGCAGGAGCGAAUUCUUUCAUCUGCAGCAUCCAAGAGCAAUGGUGCUUGGGAAUGGGUGGUGACACUACCAGAAGACGUUCUAGGAUACGCGCGAGGAAACUUCAUGAACGAAGCCACAGCGCUAGGUCUCUACUGCGCUGUGAGCAAAGCACUCCCCGGGAGGAGGGGGGAGCUACCCUUCCCCGGGUGCAAGGCGAACUACUUCGCCUUCAACUGCUGGACGUCGGCGAAUCUGCACGCGCGGUUCUGUCUGUGGGCGGCUGCGGCGAAGGGGGCGGGGAACCAGAUAUUCAAUGUGAUGAAUGGGGAUACGGAUAGCUUCCAGAACCUGUGGCCGCGGCUGGCGAGGAGGUUUGGGUGUAGGAUUCCCAGUCCUAUGUUUCCGGGUGGUGGUGUGCCUGGUUCGGGUGGGUUUGGGGGGUUUGAAGCUACGACUGUGCGGAUGGAGGGGACUGCGCAUCCGCUUAGGGAGCAUGAGGGGGUGAUUGGUGUACAGGCUGAGGGGGUGCCGACGCUGUUUCUGCAGGUUGAUCCGGAGAAGUGGGCGAAGAGGGAGGAUGUUAAUGCGGCGUGGGGUGAGUUGAGGGAGAGGUAUGGUCUUGACCAGAAGGCGUGGGAGAGGGCGACCUGGGACUUUUUGACGUUUGUUUUGGGCAGGGACUGGAGCUGCGUGGGGACUAUGAGCAAGGCGCGCAAGUUGGGAUGGACGGGGUAUGCUGAUACGUGGGAGGAGCUCGACGCGACGUUGGAGCAGCUGGAGAAGGAGGGUGUUCUUCCUCCUGUAGAGAAGCUGAAGAAGGAUUUCCCUGUUUGAUCAAGGCAUACUUAAUAUAGCCCACAAAGGAAACCUAGCCCUAACCUUCCCGCUGCAUAACUGCGAACUGCUGUUCCGCAUCCAGCAGUAUAAAGGCAGGGGACCAUAUAUUCGAAAGUCUUGAAUCAUAAUAGCAAAAGCAGCUAGCCACUUCUAAGCCCCUCCAUUCCCCUCAGCAUCAACC